UACUAUUAAUUAUUAAUUUCUCUGCCUCGAGCCGCUCGCUCUUCUCUCUCGCGAGGUGGUGACCCCCUUCGAGCUCCGACUCAGCUCUCGCCAUCUCUACUCCGAAGCGAGAGAAAGAAAAUGGGGUUCACUUCCUUUAUGGGUCGUGUCCUCUUUGCCUCUGUCUUCAUCCUCUCGGCCUGGCAGAUGUUUAAUGAAUUUGAUGCCAGUGGUGGACCUUUUGCGAAGGAGUUGAUUCCCAAGCUCACUGUUAUGAGAAAAAAUUUGUCCUCCAAAUUGGGGGUUGAGGUUCCAAAUAUUGAUGUUCAGUAUUUUGUUACUACUAUCAUUGUACUGAAGGGGCUUGGAGGAAUCCUAUUUGUGUUUGGCAGUGCAUUUGGAUCUUUUCUACUUCUUCUGCAUCAGGCGCUCACUGUUCCACUUCUGUAUGAUUUCUACAACUAUAAACCUAAUGGCCCUGAAUACAGUCUUCUGCUGAAUGAUUUUGUUCAGAACACAGCACUUUUCGGGGCACUGCUGUUCUUUAUAGGGAUGAAGAACUCAAUUCUCAAGAGGCAACUGAAGAAGAAAGCCCCAAAAACAAAGACAACUUAGAGCAGAGGUGCAUUGAUGUGUUCUCGAAGAACAGUUUUUUGACAGCCUGCUGAGUUUCAGCAUCGGAUUUGUUUAAGCUUUCUUUAUAUGUUUUGCCUCUUCAGUUUGGAUUAGAUACUUUGACUUGUUUUGAUGAUAAUUUUAUUUAUAUAAACAGAGUGGGCAUACAACGUGUUUCUGGAUAUAUAUAUAUAUAUGCUUUGGCUUCCACGUA